CCAAGGAGUUACUGUAGCUACAGAGCUUUCCUGACUGCUGCAGGAUGGCAGUGACAAAGCCUGCAUGCAGGUCCAGGAGUCUGUGUUUCACUUGCAGUCUUCUCUUCGUUCUGCUUCAUCAAAUUGUGGCAAAAAGAGAACUGAAGUUUGCAGUUUUAGUUUUCAGACAUGGUGACCGAACCCCCGUUGAAAACUUCCCAACUGAUCUACACAAAGAAAGCGAAUGGCCUCAGGGAUUUGGACAGCUCACUAAGACUGGAAUGCGGCAGCAGCAUGGACUUGGACAAUAUACACGGAAAAGAUACUCAAAAUUUCUAAGUGACACUUACAACCGGAAACAGGUGUACAUUCAGAGCACAGACUACGAUCGCACUCUCAUGAGCGCUCAGACAUAUCUUGCUGGCCUCUUUCCACCAAUAGGCAACCAAAUCUGGAAUCCCCGGAUCCUUUGGCAACCCAUCCCAGUUCACACCAGGCCACGGUCAGCAGACAAGAUGCUGCAUUUUCCUAUUCCUAACUGUCCACGUUAUGAUGAACUACAGAAUGAAACUCAAGCAUCUAGUGAACUUCAAAACAGGAUACAACCCUACCUGGAUUUUUUACAGAAUCUGGCAGUAAAUUCAGGAUACGAGAUAGACAUUCUCAAAACAGUGGGCAACUUCAAAAUCUGGAAUACAUAUGAUACUCUACUUUGUGAGAGCAUUCACAAUUAUACUCUCCCUGAAUGGGCCACCAAAGAUUUCAUGGACAAGAUGGAAAAGCUGACAGAAUUAUCCUUAUUGUCAUUAUUUGGAAUAUACAAAACAGAAGAGAAAUCACGGCUUCAAGGAGGUGUCCUCGUGAAUGAUAUUUUAAAAAACAUUAAAAAAGCUGCUAACCCUUCCAACAAGAGAAAACUUAGGAUCUAUUCUGCACAUGACACUACAAUCGGUGCCCUGCAGGUAGCACUCAAUAUUUUCAAUGGAAAACUGCCUCCAUACUCUGCCUGCCAGUUUUUUGAACUCUAUCAAGAAAGUAGUGGGCAAUACAGUAUUGAAAUGUACUACCAAAAUGACACAUCAAAGGAUCCUUAUCUGCUCACUCUGCCAGGCUGCACACCUGCUUGUCCCCUUGAGAAGUUUGCUGAACUGGUUUCUCCUGUUCUAGUGGAAGAUUGGUCCAAAGCAUGUGGAAAUAAAGACAUAAUGAGAGAAAUAUUCCUAGGAUUGGACUUCGUCAUUGCCGUGUUGUUCGUCUUUAACCUUGUGCUGUUAUAUCUCUUCUACCAGUUUGGAAGGUGCAGGCGUAGAAACACUUAUGAAAACCUUUAAAGGGAAGUUAAAAAAAAAUGGGAGAAAGAAACUGGAAAACUUCUGGAGCAGACAGAUGUCUUGUAUUGUUUUUAAACUGCUCUCAAAGAAAUGUUCUACAUCCUGCAAUUGUGUUUGGUCAAAUCAAGCAUAAGUAGUAAAACUGAGUAACAAAAGCUUGUGAAACAAUAUUUGUAAAUCACCGCAUCUUCUGUAAGGAGCAUCGCUGAAAUGAACUCAUGUUCAGAGCUUACUUUUAUAUUAUGAAUGAGUUAACUACAGAUAAAGAUUUGUAUAAUGAUUUUUAUAUUAAUUAUUGAUGUUUCCAGUGGAGAAAGAGAGAGUGACUGAUUUUUUUCCCCUACUUGUAUGCUUGGGUAUGGAUUAUCAUUGGUUUCACUGUUCUCACAAUAAUUUUGCUUGCAAAUCAGUCAGUAUUAUUUUCCUUACUACUUAUACAAGUUUAUGUUUUUGACAUUUUCAGCAGGUAAAAGCAUGCAAAUGUUGGUACUGGUUGAUACCAUUAUUUGCACACACAGUUACCAUAUUUAUUCAUACCCCUUCUUUCAUCUGCCAAACAAUAGUCAGUUUGCUUUGCAAAGAUGUUAUGCGUCUGUAACUCUCUUUCAAAUCUGUUGAAACUCUGGAUGUUAACUAUCAUAUCUGCAAAUCAGGCCAGAAGCCUAGUACAAUGGGAUCCUGGUUGACGCCCAUACUCCUUACAUACCAUGGUAGUACAAAUAAAUUAAAAUAAUAUAUCUAUUUUCCCAUCAUUCACGCUGCUCUCACAUCACUCUGUCCAUCCUGAAGUUUCUAAUCACAAUUUUCAGCCUUAUUUCUCCAUCCCUCACCUCCGGAUUUACCUUGACAACUUUUAAUAUUAAACUCAUCAGGAUAUAUGUUACAAAUAACUCAUAGUCCUGUCCAAAAACUAACUUAUGAACUGCUCUGAUUUUUUUCUAUAUUGCAUCUCUUUCAUGGACCAUGUUAUAUCAGUUCAGACUGUAAGCUCUACAGAGCAGGGUUCUUGUUUCAAUGUAUGUGUAUCAAAUGUCACAUGCACCAAGUCACAGGUAUACCCAACCCUAAUGGCUCAUUGAGCCAGGGGUUAAGGAAUGCCAGUUUCUAUAAGUAAGGGACUGAUGUGGCUAGCAUUCCGUCCAGCCUUCUUUGCAUAAGCUGUUUAUAGCUGGCCAGCUGGGCACAGGUUUUGGCUCAAGUUUGCAGCAGGGGUCAAAAAUGCCACUGAAGCUUUAGCAAGGUGCCUUAACUACUUGGUAAUAAACAUGCUGCUGGUGCUUCAUAAAGCCAUUUAACGAGUAGUUUUAGGUGUUAGUAUGUGGACAGUCCAGGUGCUAAGAGCUCCAGGAGCCACCCAAAAUUACUGUGUAACAAGCCUCUUAGACAUAUGGACACUAAAGAUAGGAAUAGAAAGUAUGAUAUUAAACACUGCAAAUGUGAAGCUUCCCAAGUGUCCUUUUUCUGACAGUAACUUCAGCAGAAAUUGGUCACUUUAGCUGAAGUACUGUUUCCUGCUCAGUGAUCAGAUUUCACAAAUAACCCUGACAUUAAAACUGCCCUAUUUGUGUUGGGGGAGUGUCACGAUCAAAUGAUGAAUUUAGUUCCUAGGUGAUGUUUGAUGUACAAUGUAUUUGUGCAAUGCUGCUGAAAAAAAAAAUAAAUGGCAUCUUUAAACAA